CAUUCCUGUUCACGAAGUCUCUCCGCGCUCGUCGGUUCAUUGUGGGAAGCCAUUACCCUCUGUGUCCGCGUUAAGCAUCGUGCCAUAUUACCCACGCGCGUCCCCGAAAAAGUUAAAAAAUUGAAAAUUACAAAAAAAAAGUACGAACGUAACGCAACUGAUCGCGGUUAAUUUUUAAGGUGAUAUAAAAUAUUAUGAGAGUUAAGGCCGAAAUGGACGACGACGAAAAGGGAAAACUGUUUGUCGGUGGUUUGUCAUGGGAAACGACGCAGGAAAAUCUUCAGCGCUAUUUUGGUCGUUAUGGCGAUGUAAUAGACUGUGUGGUCAUGAAAAACAGCGAGUCAGGACGCAGCAGAGGUUUUGGUUUUGUUACUUUCAGCGAUCCAGCAAAUGUAGCUAGCGUUCUUCAGAACACUCCUCAUCAAUUGGACGGUCGCACUAUCGACCCGAAACCAUGCAAUCCUCGCACUCUGCAAAAGCCAAAAAGAUGCGGAGGUUUUCCGAAGGUUUUCCUCGGCGGUUUACCAAGCAACGUAACCGAAACCGAUAUGCGAUCGUACUUCACUCGUUACGGCAAAGUUAUGGAAGUCGUAAUAAUGUACGAUCAGGAGAAAAAGAAAUCCAGAGGAUUUGGCUUUCUCAGCUUUGAGGAUGAAGACGCGGUCGAUCGAUGUGUAGCUGAGCAUUUCGUCGUCCUGAAUGGAAAACAGGUUGAGAUAAAGCGCGCGGAGCCACGUGACUCGUCGAGCAAAAUGAAUGACGGACAUCCAGGACAAUGGGGUCCGCCUCAACAAGGUGGACCGCCGAUGGGUAUGGCCGGUAACAUGGGACCGAUGGGAGGACCGAAUGGUCAGAUGGGUGGUCCUAUGAUGGGAGGACCGAUGGGACCUCCUGGUAACAUGAUGCAACAGUAUCAAGGUUGGGGAUCAACGGGUCCGCAAACUGGUGCACAAUAUGCGAGUUACACCGCACAGUUUAACGCUCAGGCUUGGGCACAACCCCAACAGCAACAAAUUGCUCCACCUCCACCGCACCAAUGGGGUAACAGCUACAACGUUCAACCUGCAGCUGCUACUCAAGGUUACGGUAGCUACGGUGGGCCGGCGGCGGCCGCUUCAGGGGGUUACGGGCCCACGGCGGGUACUGGCGGGGCUGCGGGGGGCGGGCCCGGGGGUUCCUGGAACUCCUGGAACAUGCCACAGAAUGGGCCCCCUCCUGGGACCCAGCCCCCACCCCAGCCCCCUCAGCCCAACUCCUCGCAGCCCAACUCCAACUCGAACCCCUCUGGCCCGCAGGGUGACAUGUAUUCGAGGCAGACAACGGGUUCGGGUGCGCCUGGUUCGAGUAGCAGCUCUGCAAAGACUCCGGACUACAGUUAUACAGGUUACACUGGGAGUUACGCUGACACGUCUUAUCCACAACGUUCGUACCAGGGUGGGGAGAGCAACCAAGGUUGACGCGGUUGGGAAUCAUGUUAUCGUCAUAUUUACCCCAAAGUGCCCUUUGCUUCUCGAAACAAAAAAGAACAUAACAAAUAUAAAAUAAUAUACAUAUAUACAUAUAUACACAUAAAUAUAUAUAUAUAUAUUAGUGUCAAAUAGAGAUGUAAUAAUGUGAAAAAAGAAUAAUAAUAAUAAUAUUUCUCGUAAAGAUUGUUCGGAGGGUGAGGAGCCAUAAUUGACGGGGGUAAUCGCUCGAAAAAUAAAGUUAAUGCAGAAUUUUUCGAAAUCGUCGAUGCCGAGGGCGCUGGCGUCCGUCACAGUGAAUCGUCCUAUUGUCCGAUGAGCAUUGACCGCGAGAUCGAGAAGAGUUUUUGGCGGCUGCUUCUUCGCUCUUUGCUUGUUAAUUUUCGUGAUUAUUUGUCUGUUACGAGAAUCCGAAAUCACUCGGAGGCGAGAAACUAGACGAAAACGAAACGCUCUUCGAGAGCCUUUUACCGAUUUCGGGAGAAUUUUUGAAUUUGAAAUUGGUAAGAAUUUUUCGUUCUUGGAUAUAGAUCGAUGGACUCGACGGUCCGCCGGGGACUCGUGGGGGCCACUUUGCACGAGGCUUCGUCGAGGAAACGCGUUUUCGUAUAAGGACCUUGAACGAUGCAUUAAGGCUUUUUUUAUACACGUGUGGGUUUUCAAUGGUUUUUUUCUCGUCUGUAGAGAUUUUUUUAUACUUUCGUUUCAUAACGUUAUAAAUUUGUAAGAAACUUACCACAAACGACGAGAAUAUUAGCCUCGAGGCGUUCCAUUUUUGUCAAUUUUUUAGUCUAAAUAAACGCCCGACGUUUUGUUUCCUUUCCUUUUAAACCCGCGAGAUUUUCGUUUUCAAACUUAAUUUUUCUUGUUUUUUUUUUGUUUUUUUUUUUAAAUUUUUUAUUUUUAGAGAGUAACGUUACCGAUAAUGGAAGAAAUAAGGGAAAAGGAAUAUUUAAAUGUACUAAGAAAUGUAUAAAAUUCAUGAACUUAAUUGUUCAGUAAUAUCCGGUAUAAAGUAAGAGAGAGAGAGAGAGAGAGAGAACAAACGAGAGAAUAAACGAGACAGAGAGAAUGAGACCGCAACUUAUUAUUACGAAUACAAUUAAGGAUUUACGAUUAAUGAAUGAAAAGAAAAGAAGAAACAAACGAGCGAAACUGAGAGAAAGAUAUUAAAGGAGGGGAAAAAAGUAAACAUAAAUAUGGUCACGGUGUACCUUGAGCGCGUUUCCGAACACUGAACGCCUCAGUGCAAAGAAAGUGUGAUCCAUUUCCACGAUUCGAUAACGUUCCUUUGAUUGACGUUCGUUUUCCUUGGAUAAUUAACCGCUUUCAAAGUGUGUUACACUUCUGCUGUGACGGGGGGGCUCGUGCAUCUCGGCAUUUUCGCGCAUCGCUCACUCCCCGAACCCCGAGAUCCCGUUGAAUAUUUUUUAGACGAGAAAACAUAGCGUACCAGUGGAAGGAGCGAGAGGAUAAUAAUAAUUUUUCGAAAAUUCACGAAACAAGCAAUUAGACCAAAAGUAACGUCAAACAUACACACGAAAGACAAACAAAAUGAUUGUAUAUUCGUUCGCGCUGUCGUGACGAUCGUCUUUUCUCAAUUUGAUUCAUCGAACCUAAAGACCCGCGGGACCCUUGAAUUAUCGAUUAAAUAAAGUAACGAAACAAUGAGGCAGAAUGUUUUUCAUGAUAACGAGCGAAACAAAAUCAUACUUAAAACGUAGCACGUACGGUUAUUAAGUCAAAUUUCAGGUGACUAAAGAAUCGCAGUAAUUAAAGAUAAUUUACGAAUAAAAUAAUGAUUAAAGGGAAAACAAAUUAAACGCCAAACCAGAAUGAGAAUACGAGCAAUUUUGAACAACGGGCGUCCAGGAGACUAGCGUAGAAGUCACCUCAAUUAACUACGUCAACAACAACAACAACAACAACAACAACAAUAACAACAAUAAAACGAAACCAUACAGACACUAAAGACAGGAGAACCGUAAGAAAAAUAAAAAAACAACAACAACAACAAAAAGCCUUAUUCGAUAAGCUAAAAUAUCGAUAUAAGACUGUAGGGAUUACGUUAUCAUUAUUAUAAAUAUUAUUAUUAUUAUUAUUAUUAUCAUCAUCAUUAUUAUCACUAUUAUUAUUGUCUUUGAUUAUCAUUAAUAUUACGAAGGGAGAGCCGCGUGGCCAGAUUACCGAACGAAGAGGCAAAAACAAAACCUAUUAGCUUAUGUUGUUAACGGUUGUUAAUUAAGGAGUAAUGAAAAAAAACGUAACUGACACUUGUAUCUUAUAGAUAUUUGAAUAAUGAAUUAAUGAGAGUAAUGAAAAAAUGUCGCCCGAGCCUCCGCCAUUUACACGACGAAAAUAUUAAGGCAAAUCGUAAUAAUUUAAAGACGAAAGCACGUUUAAUGAUAUAAAAUUAUUGAAAUCGCUCGUUGCAUUUAAUGUUUAAGCCCUGGGUAAAUAUGACUAUAAUAAUAUAAUACAACCGUGUGUAAUGCAGGAAUAGAAUUUAGACGAUAACUAUAUAAUGAAAAGGAGAACUGAUGAAAAGAAAAUAGAUCUCUCAUGUUUUUAUUUUUUCUUACGUUCGAACGUGUUUAUUCUUCAUGCUUAUCGUUUAUUUUUCUUAAUUCUCGAUGGUCGAUCCAAUCCUCGCAUAUGUGGCGUUGAUCGGGAUCGAUUAUUAUUCGAUUAUCCUCUACACGCGGGGAGCACUCUUACGUUGAUUAUCGCAUUUUUCUUGAAUUAUUUGAUGAUUUUGAACACGAUAUUUAUAUCCUCGAAUGAAGGACGAGAAAAAAAAUGAUACCGAUGAAACCGGAAGCGGACGAAGACGACUCGACACUGACCGACUCGACCGCACGAUAUACUCGUUCGAGUCUUUCAUGACGCGAACUCUUUUGAAACUCAACACUUGACUUUUGACGUUCUUACGCAUAAUGAUAAAAUUCAAUCCUGUUUUGAAGCUGACGAAGUUAUUUUUUUUUUUUCAUUUUUCAUCGCUUUUCAUUGUAACAGCAUCUCAAGUUUCUUCUCGCUCAAUGCGUCGAUGAAGAUUUGGAAAUAUUGCCCACGGUGAUAAAACGCGCGUGUUGAUCCAAUUGUAGAAUUAUAAAAUUGAAUUAUAUAGGAUGAAAGAUAAGAGAACAUUAAAAACAAUGGAACAAAAGGAAACACACGUUAUUAAGACAGUGAAGUAAGGAUCCGCAAGGUGUCAAAGUAUUGCUACAACUAUCAAACUAUUACAUUUAAUUAUCAUCUAAUUAAUUGCGAGAAUUUAUUAAAAGUGAUGAGGGUGAUUUAAGUAAAAGUGAGGAGAAAACAUGAAAACCACAUAAGCAUUUAAAAGGAGUAUAGAGAUCGAGAAUUAUGACAACGUUAUGGUUACUAAAGUACGAUUAUUGCUGUAUAUUUAUUGAAUUAAAAGAAUUGAAAGAAGAAAAAUAAACGUAAUCCUUAAUAUUUUUCACGAUUAUACACACGAGAGAGGCAAAGAGAGACGAAGGAAUAAUAAUUAUUGUAGAUUCUUAUGAUUUUUCUUUACCCCAACGGUUGUACAGUAGGUAAAUUCGUAACGAGGAAAAAAGAACUAAAAAACAAUUAUGUAAGAUUCGAUUUUAACGAGAAAAUACAGUAUAAGAAGUUUUAAGAAAAACCAUUGCAGAUUUCAUUCGUUUAGUAUUGAAUGACUAACAAAAAAGCAUUUUUUUACCUUGUCGAUGAUGCUUUGCCACGGUAAUUAAUUAUUAAAACAAGUAAUUCAGCGGGUUACCCAAAACGUGUAAACGUCGGAUUAUCGUUAAUUAUUGAGAGUUAUUCGAAUCGGUCUAGUUUUACGGAAAAAAAAUAAAAUAAAAGAAACAAGUUACAAAAUAAAACAAGUAAAGUAAAUUUAAAUUAAAACAAACAAAUAGUAUAAACAACACACGAUAUGUCAAAUGAAACAUUGUUGAUAUCCGCCUAAGGUUUAGGAUUAUUUAAAAAAAAUGACGCCACACACUGUGAUCCGUUACGAUUAAAUGAGAUUACGAGAUAGCGAGAGAGAGAGAGAGAAAGAGACGAAGCGGUUGGAGACGAAUUUUACAAUCGUGUGCCAGGAAUACGAUCGUUUUUUUCGUUUUAUUUCGUAAUGAUAUAAGAUUUCAACUGAACGAAGUAACACUAUUUUCAUUCAAAAUUUUCUUUUGAAGCUCGAACACAUUAUUUGUAGAUUGGUUUUUUCGAAUUUCAUCGCUCCGAUUUCCGUUCGAUUUUGCGGUCACUUUCCGCAUUCGAGUGGAAAAAAAUGUACGUAGCUCAAAUGGAAGUUUCUAAGCUUGGCUGGAUGACGAUUUAUUUUUCUUUAUUUAAAUGAACGCUAUUCGAGAAACGAGAAAACUGGAAGAAUUAGGGAAAUCGUGAAUCAGGGGGAAACAAGAAAUCUGCUGAAUCGUUGUGCUGAUCCAUUUUGAUUUUUGAAUCCGCGACCCAAUUCGCCGGUCGAUCAUUUAUCUUUUUCGUUCUCGCGUUUUUCCCUCCUCAGUAAAAUAUAUUAAAAAAUAAAUAAACGGAGAAAAAACAAAGACAAACAAACGGAAUGAAAGGUGGAAAAGUUACGGGUGUUAAGGGACUCUAAGGGUGUGGAAGAGGUUUCGACGUGAAUGACGACGAGUGAAAGAUGUUAAAAAGAAACAAAAAAAAAACAAAAUAAACAAACAAGGAACGAAGAUAAAACGAGAAAACAUAAACCAAGAACGUUGUAGGUAAAAGUAAAAGAGCGAAACAAAACACAAGUCGACUAAUUAUUGAAUUAAGGGAUAAGUUUUGUACAAAUGUAUUAUAAAUUACCGAUUAUCCUCUGAGAGUACCUUAAACAGAACGAAGAAUAAAAAAAGGAAAGAAAGAUUAAGAUUGAUGCAUAAUCUCGACUCGGUUAAUUAUCUUAAGCACAGAACAUGUAUAGAUCGUCAUUUUUGUUUUUAUUUUCCUCGUUAGGCGAUAAAUUAAAACGAAAAAGAAGAUGAAGAAUAGGAAGAAAAAAACAUAAGAAAUAUCUAAGGUUAGAAGAAUUUUUAAAAUCCACUGUGAGUGGAAGACUGGAUUUAUUCGCGGCAGGGACAGGAACAAAUGUAGGAUUAAAGAAAAACAAAAGAAACAAACAAAAUCACGAAGUAAGAAGAAAAAAAAAAGAAAACGAAACAAAAGUAUCACGUUGACUGUCAUUCAUUAAACGGUAUCAAUUAUUAAGUAAUUUAUUAAAACGUAAAAAAGAAAUAACACCAUCCUCGAAGUAAGGCAGGUUUACACAUAGACGUAAUAAAAAAAGUAAAAUAAAGAAGGUGGGUGCAAUUGUGAUGGGGCUGAAAAACAUAAACGAAUGAAAGAAAGAGAAAGGAAUGAGAAUUUAAAAAUGGAAAUAUUUUUAACGUACCGUCAAAUGCCAACCAUUGUGUUCUCUUGUGAAUCAUAUAAUUAUUCCGUAACUUUUAAAUAGCAGAGGAAAACGAAAAAAACAUGAAAUAAAGAAUACGUCAAUGAGAGGGGGGAAAAAGUAAAGUAAAGUAAACACGUAAAAAGUUUGUCUAAGUCGUCGGUUAGUCGUUAUGAAUUAAUUUGUCCAUAAGAAAAAAAGGAAAGUCUGUUGAGGGCAAGAGAUAAGAAAAAAGUGCAUCGAGUUAAUAAAAAAAACGUACAUGAACGAUAAAAAAGAAAAAAAAACCAAACAAAACUGUAUCUUAGUGUGCGAAUGUGGGAGUGAACGAGGUAAAGACGAGCAAACAAAAUCCAACAAGAAAGUCGGUUAGAAAGAGCCAACGGGAGAAGAAAAGACAUAAGUAAAGAAAAGGUUUGGAGUUGUAGUUUUCUCGGAACUGAAUUUCGUAAAGAAAAACCAAAAUGAACCUCGUACUUUUUACGUAAAAGAAAAAACAAACAAACAAAUGGUUGCAUUAACUUAAGAGUAUGUUAGAUUAAACAAACGAAAAACAAAAAGAAUCAAUACAAAAAGGGCGUUUGUUCGCCGAAGCAGAUUCUAAGCUUUGCCAAGUCUCAGAUAAGGUCUUAAAGUUAAUCCGAAAGCAUGAAAAACGUAUUACAAAUUGAAACAAAAAAUGAAGAUGAAUAAAAAUGGGAAUAAAAACAUAAUAUGAAAACGUAACCAAACGUUCGGGUCAAAGUAGAAAUUAUCGACUAUAUCUUAUCUCAGAGAGAGCUAAUAGGGAUUAAAAAUAAAGAAGAAGAAGAAGAAGAAAAACAAAGUAAAACAGAGAGAGAGAGAGAAAAUAUACAAUUAAAUGAUGAAUUCAAAAGUGCAUAAUUAAAUCGUUAGUGUAUUAUUACGAAGCGCGAGCGAUCAACAUUCGAAACGGAGGAGGGGCAAUAUUUCCAAAGAACAAAAACAAACGAGACGUCACAUUUCCAGAAAGCAAACAACACACUGAACAUCGAUCCAUCGACGCAUUGAAUUUUUCUCUUUUUUUUCUUUUUCGUAUUAAAAUAUAAGUAGAGAGGGAAUUGAAAACCCAGAAGAAGGGAGUGUGACGGCAAGGGCAAAAAUCGCGUUCCGAGUUUAAAAACUGAUGAAUUCCAAUAAAAAUUAAAGUUCCGGAUCGCUAGGUUGAGCUACGAAAACCAUUGAGGCAGAAAAAACCCCAUGAGACCUCUAAAAUCCCGUUGGGCAAACUGUCCAGCGUCCAAAUUACCAAUUUAAAAAUACAAAAAGUGUGAGAGAAGUGUGUGUCAAGUUGGAGAGCGAAAAUUUUAUUCGAACCCUCAAUCGAUUCUAUAUCCAGGAAACCAAAUUUAUCCAUUGAAUCAAAGAACUGCGUGUUUCCUGCCCAAAUUCCGGAGAUUCAACUCCACCCACCGGAAGAGCUAUUCGAGUUUUCCGAAUAUUUAUCCUCGACCGUCAUUUUCAGUUGAUUUAUUUUACACGUAUUAAGGGCAUGAUUAUUUCGAUAGAAAUGCCUUGCGUAUCUGCUCCCUUCUUCUCCUCCAACCUGUCCAAAAAUUAUCCUCGUUUUCGACAAAAAAAACAAAAUCAUAACGAAUAAAGAAUAAAAUAAUGAAAUGAUUAACGAAAAAAAA